AUGAGAGCGGAGUUGGUGCAGGCGCGGGCUGCUGUUGUUGGAAAAUGCAAGGAAGGCGGAGAUGGAAUCGGCCGCAUUACGGAGACGACGCGAGCCCGGGCCGAGGCGGCGCAACUGGCUCGAGAGAAUGCUGCCCUUCGAGACACCGUGCUGUCCUUGCACUCCGAACUCUUCGGUGCCAGGUUGGCCACAAAGUAUCUAGAUAAAGAACUGGCUGGCAGGAUACAGCAGCUGCAACUUCUCGGCAGGGACAUGCGGUCGGAAGUUCGAGAUUCACUUUGGGCGCAGGUGGAGGCGGAGAUCCUGCUGCAGCGGCACAAGACGCUGGUGCGCGUGUGCCGCGGGCUGUCGCCGCGGCCGCCGCGUCCGCGCGCGCCCGCCUCGCGCCCGCGUACCGUGCGCGUGCGCCGCUCGCCGCACCUCGGCCUCGGCAUCUCCGUCACCGGCGGUCGUGAGCACGGAGUGCCGAUACUGAUCUCGGAGUUAGAGGCGGGAGGGCCGGCUGCACUUACUGGCGAAUUGUACGUCGGUGACGCCAUCCUGGCUAUCAACGAUGUCGAUCUCACACAGGCGUGUCACAAGGAGGCAGUACAGGCAUUGCAAAGCGUCAAGGGCGACUGUGCACUUUGCGUUCAGUUCAUUGCGACCGACGACGAUGACCGUUUAUCUGAAGACAACUAUAGAUUUCCCUUGUACCCGGAAGACGGCGAGGUGUUCGGCGAAGAGCUAGAUGGCUCUGGAGCCACGCCCACCGCGCCGCGCACUCCUGACUACAAUAACAGGGCCGCGUCGGUGGCGGGCUCGGAGAGCGAGUGCGAGUCUCCGCGGCGCCGGCCCGCGCCGCUCUACCCCGACUACAACAACAUCAACAACAACCUCUCAAUACUCGACAUGGACGAUGACUCCAUCAAGAUCGAGGCGCGGCUAGAGAUGGUACGGCUGGAGUCUGAAACUUGCGGUGAGCGACGGCGCGGUCCGUACGAGGCCGUGGCGGACAAGUCCGGCGGCACGUCGCCCGCCGCGUCCCCGCCGGGCUCUCCGCGCGCACGCGCACCGCGCGCCCCGCGCUCCGCCCGCACCCCGCACGCCUCCACGGCGGCGUCGUCCAUCUCCCCCCGCCUCACCGCUCUCCACACCCGUUCACACGCGUCGCCCUUCACUCAAGAAGAGACGCAAACCACAGGACUGGCGGACGAAGGGCGCGUAUCUUGCAGUCCUGCUCAGCCCGCUCAGCUCGCUCAGCCUGCUCAGCUUCGUCAGCCUGCUCAGCCCACUCAGUCCGCUCAACCAGCGCUUCCCGCGGCAGUACAGCUCCCUCCCACAUUAGCAGCACCUCUCGUUCCAACAAACCAUGAUAUCGAUGCCGUUCAGAACUCGUAUCCGUCUCUAAUAUCGGAAUCAGUACCUGUUCCGGUGCAGUCACCGCCAUCGCCGCUAUCUCCACUAUCUCCACAGUCGCCUCCAUCGCCGAAAUCGCCGCAGCAGGAGCAACCAGUCCCGCUGCUAGUAGACAUAGAAGUCAAACCCCCUAAAACAAAUGGCGAAGCGAAGCCGCGGAGGGAAUCUAAAGGAUUUCGAAUAGGUUCAGCGCGGCGCGUGACAGAAAAUGCUGUGAUGACCAACGGAGCGGUCGAACGCGGCAAAAUGCCCGCCCGCUUGUUGCCCGGUUGCGGAGAUCCAGACUUCGGCACGCCCGUCUGA